ACCCUCCCACUCCACACACACCCUGUUUGCCCGUGAGCCUGGGGAACUUGCAGCUUAAAGCCAGCCACCCCCACGGCAACAUGUACCCCAGCAACAAGAAGAAAAAGGUGUGGAGAGAGGAGAAAGAACGUUUACUGAAGAUGACCUUAGAGGAGAGACGCAAAGAAUACAUAAGGGACUAUGUUCCUCUGAACACCAUCCUAUCGUGGAAGGAGGAGAUGAAAGGCAAGAGCCAAAAUGAUGAAGAAAAUUCUCAGGAAACAGCACAGGUGAAGAAAAGUUUGAGUGAAAAAGUUUCUCUCUAUAGAGGUGACAUCACACUGCUAGAAGUAGAUGCUAUAGUCAAUGCGGCAAAUGCCAGUCUUCUUGGAGGAGGAGGUGUGGAUGGCUGUAUUCACAGAGCAGCCGGUCCCUGUUUGCUGGCUGAAUGUCGUAACCUCAAUGGUUGUGAUACUGGACAUGCAAAAAUCACAUGUGGCUAUGACCUGCCUGCAAAAUAUGUCAUCCAUACCGUAGGGCCAAUAGCCAGAGGCCAUAUAAAUGGUUCCCACAAGGAAGACCUUGCGAAUUGCUAUAAAUCAUCUCUGAAGCUGGUUAAGGAAAAUAAUAUCCGAUCAGUUGCAUUUCCUUGCAUCUCAACUGGCAUUUAUGGUUUCCCAAAUGAACCUGCUGCAAUCAUUGCCCUCAGCACCAUUAAGGAGUGGUUGGCCAAGAAUCAUCAUGAGGUGGAUCGGAUCAUCUUCUGUGUCUUCUUAGAAGUCGACUUCAAAAUCUACAAAAAGAAAAUGAGCGAGUUUUUCCCUGUAGAUGAUAAUAAUGAAGAAGAAGAUGUUGAUAUGAAAGAAGACUCAGAGGGGUUAGAGCCAAAAGGACUCUCUCCACCCCACAAGAAGAGCAAAGCAAAGAAGCCAGAAAGUUCGAAAGAUUCUAGCGAGGAUGAGAAUGUUCCAGAGGAAAAACAAAGUACAGAAGAAAUGGAAGGACAGAGUCAAGAAGCAGAUGGUGUCAGCGCUGUGACUGUACCCAGUCCUGCUUUGGAAGAGGCAGCUGAAAUCUGUAAAGAUGAAGAUUCUCCAGAGGCUGAUGAUAUUACAAAAGACAAUGAAGUAACAGAUCAUUCUGUAUGUGACCAAGAUCAUUCCAAUGGACAAGAGAAUGAUUCAACAAAGAAUGAAAUAAAAAUUGAAGCAGAGUCCCAGAGCUCAUAUAUGGAAACAGAAGAGUUUUCAUCAAACCAAGAAGAUACCACAAUUAUGGAGCAACCAGAAGUGAUUCCACUUACAGAUGACCAAGAAGAAAUAGAUGCUGAAAAAGCUCAAGGAGAGGCCACACCUAAAGUUCCGGUGAAAAGUGAAGGUUCUGGCGACACAGAAAACUCUACAAGUCCUGACAUUGAAAUGAAUAGUCAGGUUGACAGUGUAAAUGACCCAACAGAGAGUCAGCAAGAAGAUUAACUAAUAGCAGGGGCACAAAAUGAAGCAAAGGAACAAAGAAAUGGAAGUAAAUGCCAGUCCUCAGCAUGGCAGGCCUCCCCUGGCCCCAGGGGAGUUGGGGAGACUGCAGCACUGCUGUGGAGGAGGGGGGGGUGGGGGGAAGAAGCCAAGUCCCACAGAAGGGCAGGGAAUCCUUUGCUCUGAUUUCUCCCACUGCAUUUUGUUUUUUUUUAUCUGAAGAAAAAGAAAGAAAAAGAAGUUUCCUUUAAUUUGGUGGAGGUACCCAUGUUAAUGCAUCUUUCAGGCACUAUCCCUGUAAUUUUUGUCUUUUCUCUCACAAUUUUGCUGCAGGGUCACAGUGGCACAGUUUACCACUCACUUGUGCAUCCUGGUCCCUGUCUGCUUUCUCAUUUAUUUCACAGAGCAGGUUCUACAGUGAUUUCUUCAAAAAAAGAAAAAAAAAAAAAGAGAGAAGGAAGAUAAUUGUUGAUAAGCUGUAGGCUAAAUUUCAGGAAUCACCUAACCCGUACAAUCCACAGACAACAUAAGCAGCAUAGAAAAUUGGCACAAGCUUGAGAAAUCAUCUGGAAAAUGUCAGGACAAGGAAUUGAAAAUAUUUUUUCAGGGAUUUCCAAGGUAUAAUUUUGUUCCAUGUUAGUGAGGAAUACAGAAGCAGGGUAUGGAUUGGACUAUGAAGCUGGCCCUGGCAGCCAUGUGGUCUCUUUCCUCAAACCCAGCUGACAGGUGUGGUCUUUGACAUUGACUUUCAGCAGAGCUUACUUAGUUCUGGGAUUGUUACUAUGUGUGUCAGCAUGGAGCCCACCCAUAAGGUGUCACUCUGGGACAACACUCUUAAAGGGUGGUACUUCUCUAGUUAUUCAAGGUAACAAGGGGCUGAUACAUUUAGGAUCCAAGCAUAUGCCUAUGACUAUUAAAGGUUCCAUUUGAAAUCCUGCCCACCCCCCAUAAAAGAACACCUGUCUUUACCCAAGGUUUGAUCACCCACAGAACAGAUUCUCAUUUGAAUUUUAAUGUAAUUAGAUGUCUUAUUUGCAGCUCUGGCUUCCUUGUCUGCUUUUAAAUGGCAGUUUGCUCAUGCCAAGGCCCAAGACUUAUUUAAUGGUUACUUCCCUCUCCCAGAAAACCCAUUGAUUAUGGCCUUGAAGGCAACGGCAGUAAUAAUAACCCAUGAUGCUCCAGGCACAGUGGGCCAGGAGGAAGUCAGACAGUGGCACAAAUGGCUAUCCCAGAGCCCACAGGAACAGCAACCCUCACAAGGCAAGAUGCCUCUUCCCAGUGUAUCCUUGGGUUGAGUCUUAUUUUUUCUGUGGAAAAUGAUAUUCUUUUUUAGUUGUAUUCCUAAUUCCACAUUCCUUAUGAAGACUUUAGAAUUCUAAGUUAUGUAUAUAUAUAUAUUUUCUUAGUAGAGGGAGAAAAGCAAUGAAUCAAAUUGUGUAUUUCUAAAAUAAAAGGACAUUCCACUGUCAAAAUCAUCCAUAAAAUUCAUCAGGUUUGCCCUUUCCUCUAUGGAAAAUUUAUCUCCUUAUCUUCCUGUAAAUUUGUUUUGGCCUUUCUAAUGUGUUGCUUCUCUGGUUGACUUAUUUGGUGUAUUGGAAUAAUUACCAACUUAUCUUUCUGCUUAUGUAGUAUGUUUUAAAAUUUCAUCUUUUAAGUAUCUCAUUAAACCUAGGAGUAGCAAUAUUUAAAUGACCUCAUGGUUUUGGGACACGGCCAUUUCUCCUACCAUUAUUCUACAGUUUGAUAUGGUGACAUAUAUAUUCUCUGCUGUCAUUAGACCUUGCUUUCUAAAAAAAAAAAAAAAAAAAAAAAAAAAAACAAGGAAAAGGCUCAUUGUAAAUACUCCAAGAAAUGAUGCGUUAUGAAUACUAUUAUAUCUUAUGUCAUCUUUAUGACUUAAUUGAAAGUCACCAUCAUUCUUGACAAGUGCUAUCUGCCAGGAGCACAUUUUCCUGCAACUCCCAAUGCUAAUGCAACUCAUGCCCUGUGAGGAGAUGCAGUAGGAAAGCAACAUAAGGAAGGCGAGGGAUGCAGGACCAAGGUGAAAGAGCCUUAACGUGCUUGCUUGUCAGGAUUGAAGUGUUUUCAAUCCUCAUGCUCUCAGCAUGGUUCAAUAGUCAUUCUGUUCAUUCAUUUUAAAUGUGGUUGGGGACCUCCCUGGUGGCGCAAGGGUUAAGAUGCAACCUGUGAAGCUAUCUGCAGCCACUACAGCACAAGUUCAAUUCCCGGCCAGCCAGGGAGCAACCCACAUGGCGCAGCAGACCGCUCCUGUCUCGCCCCGCUGCUCACCUCAACAGUGUAUUUCAGUCAAUCCACCUGUUCUGUUCCCCACUGUUUCUGGUGAACCUUCUCACCCCCAUACCUCUGGCCUGUACCCCAGCUCUUGUAUGCAUGAAUAAAUCUUUAAAUAUGGUUGGGGCAGAAAUGGGAGGAGUGAAUUCUCUGCCCCCAACCAAAGGAAAGGGCAAGUAAAGUUUUAUAUCCAGGAAAGUAAGUACAUGAGUAGCAUUUAGCAUCAGCCCCAUUCCUGAAUUUGUUUAGACUUCAUUUUAUGUUUCAAUUAUAUUUUCCUUUUUGCUUCAUUAUGCAUUUUGGUUGCUAUUUGGCUAUAAGAUUUUAUGCUACAGGGCCUCCCUGUUGGCACAGGGGUUAAAAACAUAGCACUAUCAAGUUAUUGCCAGCCACUGCAGCACGAGUUCAAUCCCUACCAGGCCAGGGAGGUGAUCCACAUGGCACAGACAACCUCUCCUGUCUCGCCUGCUGCUCCCCUCAGCAGUGUUUUUCAGUCAAUCUGCCUGUUCUGCUCCCCACUCCAUCUCUGGUAAAUCCUCUCACCCCCCGCAUCUCUGGCCUACACCCUAGUUCGUGUAUGCAUAAAUAAAUCUUUUUUAAAAAAAAAGAUUUUAUGCUACAAAAAAUAAUUUUGUUAAUUUUCAUUUCAAGAGUAAACUAUUAAAAAAUCUAGCUGUGGGCCAGAUGGAAGAUCUCAGCACAGGAAACGUUUAUUUCACUGGUACUGUCAUUGCACAGACUGUACAAUGGAAAAUUUGAAAAGCUUAUUGAUUCUCCUGCAUGUGAAUUCUGGAUGUCAAUUUCCAACCACACUUUAAGUCAGCGAUGUGGCAUGAGAGGUUACAAGAGGGAGAGAGGAAACUCACCCUGAAUUAGUCAUGUUUGCAUAUAGAGAAUCGAAGAAGGCUUUCAACAUAAUAGCUCUAACUAAAAAGGUACUUGUUGUAGGAGACACAAAGGGGCUUUUCCUCUACUUGAUAACUAUUCAGAUGAUGGACAAGUCUUCUUUCAUAAAAACUUACAAAGGAGGCAUCCGAAACACUGUCUGUGAUACUGGGUCACAUAUUAGUCACUGCAGCUAAUUGUAAAUCUUUCUAUGAAACACUGAAAGCCUCUUUGUGAAUUAAUACAGUUCUGCUUGAUGCACUUGAUUUGAAAUGACAUUUCUCUGUAUGUGGUGCAUGUCGGCUUUGCUUUGAAAAAUAACAAAGUUAGCAGAAUAUGUUCAAUAUAUUUUCUUGGGGAAUAGGGUUUUUAUCAUAUGAUUCAUUAAGGAUUUGCCUUACCCUGACAUUUGUGAUAUAAAGGAAAAGCAGAAAAAAGUAAUUUUCUUGACCAGAUAUGUUUUUACUUAAUGCAAAUAAAUGUAGUCUGUUGCUUGCAAGGGAAAAAAUGUCUUCUGAUAACUGGUAUAAACUGCUAAAUAGAAUAAUACGUGCCUCUUUUGUUAAACCGGCAUUUAAAUGCUGGAUUGCUUCUAAAUCUGUUUGUUUCUUUUCAUCUGUGCCAUACACUACGAAACUUAUACAACUGUUGCCUUCAUACUAUAUUUGUUAGAGCAGAAUACAAAUAAAAACUGUUUGAGAGGAUAAACUGGAAUUAUCUGUGUUUUAUGAAAUUUGUUCUUGGCUAU